GAACGAAUAUAGGUAAGUAGGUAGGUACCGUUAUAAGAAUUCUUUUACGGAAAUGUUGUGCGUUGCAUUUCGAAAGUAUGAUUUAAGUAUAUCAAUUUAAACCUGUGUUAGUGAGAUGUCAGUAGACGAUAAUGACCAAGAGGAUAAAGAUCCAUCAACAGCGAGACAACCUAGAUUUUCUGAUGUUAACUACUUUCCUGAAAUAAGUUUAUUUCAUGUGAUAUCCGUCUGUGUCGUUAUUUUAUCUAUUUUAUUUGUUUUCACAUCUCAAAAAGAAUGUGAAAAGUUGCCAUUAGAAACUGAAGUAUCUCCUUCUAACUCGCUCUACAACAAAUUUAAGAUCUUCAGCAAGAGUACUGACACUGGCCAUCUUCAUAACAUACUUACAGUAUUAGAACGAUUUGGAUUCAAACAUGAGCAGAAUUCGACAGAUUGGGAUUUGCUAUGGGCUCAUGACUACCCUUUCCGUGCAUUAUAUAAUGAAGUCAGUAACUUAAAAUCCCAUCAAAGAAUCAACCAUUUCCCUGGCUGUGGCUACAUCACAAAUAAAGUUGACUUGGCAACGAGUGGCUUAAAGUACAUUCCACCAGCAUUCAAAUUACCACAAGACAAGAAAAAACUAUUACAAUACAUUGAAAACAAGCAUGAUAGUACAUUCGUAGAAAAGAAUAAUGAUCACAGGAAUAUUUUGUUUCGAACAAGGGAAGAAUUGACUGGAUUAGAAUCAAAUAGUACUUUUGUUCAAGAAUUUGUUGCAAAGCCAUUGCUGGUCAAUGGACAUAAAUUUGAUAUUGGAAUUUAUACAGUGAUCACUUCUAUUGAUCCCUUACGAAUCUACAUCUAUAAUGGGGAUGCCAUAUUGAGAUUUUGUCCAGUGAAGUACUACCCGUUUGAUGCAAAAAAUCUGGAUAAGUAUGUAGUAGGAGAUGAUUAUUUGCCAGUAUGGAGAGUGCCAUCUUUAGAAUAUUAUUACAAUGAGUUAGGUUUUGGAAUGAAAGAAAGUUUGAAUGCCUAUUUAAAAUCCAAAGGAAAGGACCCUACCAGAAUUUGGGAUCAGAUCGAAGAUUCUCUCAGAAUAACCAUUCUUGCUAAGGAACAGCAGAUACUGAGUGUUGUAAAUAAGUUUAGGCACAAGAGGAAUUUUUUUGAGAUGAUGAGAUUUGAUUUUUUGGUGGAUGAAAACUUGAAUGUGUUCCUCCUUGAGGCAAACAUGAGUCCUAAUUUGUCAUCAGCGCAUUUUCCCCCAAAUCAACUGUUGUAUCAGCAGGUGUUAUUCAAUGUACUGUCUCUAAUUGGUAUCGGUCAUAGACUUACUAAAGAGACGAAUUCGAAAUCUGCGCAAGAUAUGAUUGUGUCUGAUAAAAAUAUUGCAGUAUAUCCAACUGAAUGUAAUAGUAUGAUGUGUAAGGAAAGUUGUGUAUCACCUAUUUGUCAGUUGUGCAAGCCUUGUUUAUCUCACGAUACAAAAGAGUAUUUAAUGGAAUCUCAUAGAGAGCACAUGAACAAGGGAGACUGUAAACGAGUGUUCCCUCCUCCGAUGUCGCCAGUAUUAACUAAGGAAGAAGAUUUGGAUGGGUUGUCUCCAGAAAAUCAAUUACUGUACAGGUGGUUCAAAGGUAAAUGUCUGUUGGAUGAAAGUUGGUGCUGAGAAAAAAAGAUUUAAUUUUAUUGUGUCCUUUAUAUAUAUUUUUCUAAUAUAAGAAUAUAUCCUUUUUUUUA